AUGCCGCCGCCGGGGAAGCCGCUGGUCAUGACGAUCACGGCGCAGCUCAGGUCUGCGACGCGGCCGGCGCACCUCCACCAGCUCCACGCCGCCAUGAUCAAGGCCUCGCUCUUCCCUUACCACGCGCUGCCCACCGCCAGGCUCCUGGCCUCCCCGCUCGCGCCGCUCCCCUACGCGCUCUCCCUCUUCGCCGCCAUCCCGUGCCCGACCCUCUUCCACCACACCGCCAUCCUCCGCGCCCUCUCCGCGGCGCCCUCCUUCCCCUCCGCGGCCUCCGCGUCCCUCGCCGUCCUCGCCUCCGCGCGGGCGCGCCUGCCCGCGCUGGACGAGUUCGCCUUCCAGCCGCUCGUCGCGCUCUGCGCCAAGAACCCGCGCGACGACGCGGCGGCCUCGCUCGGGCGGCAGGUCCACGCGCUCCUGCUGCGGUACGGGUUCUCGGGCGUCGUCAGCCUCGGGAACGCCCUGUGCCACUUCUACUGCUGCCUCGGGGACACGGCGGCCGCGCGGAGGAUGUUCGAUGAAAUGCAUGACAGGGAUGCCGUGUCGUGGAACACGAUGAUCGGGAGCUACGUCAGGGCAGGGGAGAUCUGUGCAGCGGUGGAGAUGUUUGGUGCUAUGAGGUGCAGCGGUGUGGACGUCAGCGCGGCGGCGGUGGUCGCCUUGGUUGGAUGCGGGUGGCGAGGGGAGUCGGUCCACGGGUUCAGCGUCAAGACGGGGCUCUGUCAGGAUGUGAAGGUGGCGGCAGCAAUGGAGGGGAUGUAUUUUAGGAAGUCAGAUAUUGGGUGUGCGAAGAAGGUCUUUGAAGAGGCGACGAGGAGGGACUUGGUGCUGUAUAACUGCAUGGUGGAUAGCUGCGCAAAGGCCGGGCAAAUUGAGGAGGCAAUGGCCUUGGUGCGUAGGAUGAUACAGGAGGGAGUGAGACCAAGCACUGGGACUCUUGUGGGUGUGCUCUCUGCAUGUGGAGCAUCUGGGGCAACAGCAGCCGGCCGUCGCAUCCACGAGCUUGCAAUGGAGCUUGGCCUUGAGCUUGACACUGCACUAGGAACAUCGCUCGUGGAUAUGUACUUCAAGUGCGGGUACCCCAGUGAGGCGACUGCAAUUUUUUACGCAAUGCGCGAUAGGGAUGUGAUGGCAUGGACUGCAAUGAUCAUGGGACUGGGGGUUAAUGGACAGUCAGGAGCUGCACUGUCCCUGUUUCACGCAAUGGAACAAGACGGCGUGGCUCCUAACGAGGUAACUUUUCUUGCGGUGCUGAAUGCUUGUAGCCAUGGUGGGUUGGUAUUUGAAGGGAAGAAGCACCUAGAGAGCAUGGUACAGCAAUAUGGCCUGUCUCCUGACACUGAACACUAUGGUUGCAUCAUCGAUCUCCUGGGAAAGGCGGGGCGACUGGAUGAAGCUUAUGAGCUUAUAAAAAGUUUAUCAUCCCAUGGAGAUGCUAUGGCAUGGAGAACUUUGCUUGCAGCCUGCAGAGUCCAUGGCAAUGUUGAGCUGGGGAGGAUGGUCCAGGCCCAGUUAGAUGCGAUGGGCAAUUACCAUCCGUCAGAUACCAUUCUGCUGUCGAACGCAUACGCAUUGGAAGGCCGCUGGGAUGAGAUAGCACAUGUCAGGGAUUCAGGAGGGCAAAAAAUGGUAAUGGACAAGAAAGAAGCAGGCUGCAGCUCCAUUGAAGUGUCUUCCUAA